AUGACUCCGGAGGGGAGGAAAACUGUUGACCCAGACUCAGAAUGGUGUGGUAGUGGAUUCAGAGGAUUCAUAGGAGCUCCUGAACUCAACUUGGUGACAAUGCUGGUCAAGAGGCAGACCGAACUGAAGCCGAAGCCUCCUCAGUCUGGGACUCUGCUCCUUUACCUCCUGCUGUUCUUCAUCUCUGUGCUCACUGCCACUCUCAACCUGCUGGUCAUCAUCUCCAUCUCCCACUUCAGCCCUUGCAGGCAGCUCCACUCACCCACCAACCUCCUCCUCCUCUCUCUGGCUGUCUCAGACUUCUUUGUGGGCCUCCUGGUACUGCCCAUUGAAGCCCUUAUGUUGGUGACCUGUUGGGUUCUGGGUGACCUGAUGUGUGUUUUCUAUUAUUUCCUACCUCUGACCGCCAUCUCUGCCUCUGUGGGCAGCAUGGUGCUCAUAUCAAUGGACCGUUAUGUGGCCAUCUGUGAUCCUCUGCAUUAUCCCAGCAGAGUCACUGAAAGAACAGUCACCUCUGCUGUUUGUCUGUGUUGGAUCUGCUCUGUUAUCUACAGCGUUUUUCUUUCAUAUGAUCACCUGAAACAACCGGGCAGGUAUAAUUCCUGCUAUGGAGAGUGUGUAGUUGGCGUUGAUGGAGAUGUGGAUCUUGCGUUCGCCUUCAGUAUUCCCAUUUCUAUCAUUGUGAUUCUGUAUCUGAGAGUGUUUGUGGUGGCGGCCGCUCAGGCUCGUGCCAUGCGCUCUCAUGUUACAGCCGUUAAACUCCAGCUUUCAGUGACUCUAACAAAGAAAUCGGAGCUGAAGGCAGCCAGGACUCUGGGUGUUCUUGUUGCUGUGUUUCUGCUUUGUUACUCUCCAUAUUACUGCCUGUGUCUCACAGGUGGUAAUAUCUUGAUUGGUUCUCCACUCGAGGCCUCUAUGAGCUUCCUGAUGUACUUUAACUCCUGUCUGAACCCUGUGAUCUACGCCUUUUUCUACCCCUGGUUUAGAAAAGCUAUCAGACACAUUGUCACUCUUCAGAUCCUGCAGCCGGACUCGUGUGAGGCCAACAUGCUGUAGAGGCGCUCUGUGCUGCUGCUCUCAGUAAAAUCAUUCAGAAUGUUUGAACGUGUUUUUGUAAAACACUUUCUGUCUACAGAGUAUUUAAAGAUCCACAAUAACUCAUGCACGUCUAGUAUUCUGUAUAUUAAUCAAUCUUUUCUUCAGUUCAGCGUACCGAGCAAAAUGAGUCAUGUAUACAGCUCUCCUCUCAUU